AUGGCAGCGCCCUUUGGAUCGUGGACAACGGUGCUCACUGCCGCAUCCAUCAUAUUCGCAGGACUAGCUGGUUACAAAGCCGGUCAACUGAGCGUAGCAAACCAACAACGGAAAACUCUGUCAGACGCUAAAGGACACGAGGAGCACGACCAGCAAAUUACAUCCGGUAAAGCUACAUCUCAACAAGAUGAAGACGAAGAGGAUGAAGAGGCGCGUGCAGAUGGCGACCUGGGGUCUCUCCUUCGUCACUGGGAGUGGACAGGACAAGCAAAGAUUGCCCUCCAGAUAAAGAGCGAGGAGGACAUUCUCCUAUUGCAGGCCACCGCUCAGAGCCUCAAUCUUGUGGCUCGAGUCAUUCAGGAUGCUGGAAGGACGCAGAUCGAAGCUGGCUCGCGAACUGUCCUGGGAAUCGGUCCAGGUCCAGUUAAGCUUAUAGACCAAGUCACGGGACAUCUCAAGCUCUUGUAG